GUUUUAUGAAUGAAUGCCCAAAACAAACAUUGCAAAAUGAAAAUACUUGAUUAACCUUUCUCCAUCUUCUUACCUGUCAGCGUAUAUUUUCUGAUUAAAAACAAAAUGAAUAAAGUAGCAAAACCAGCAUUAAGUUUAAAGCAGUUUAUGCUGCGACAAGAAGUUAUCAAACUUUACCGAGAAAUCUUUCGUACAAUCCGUCAAGUGCCUGAGAAAUCAACACAAACCGAAUUGCGUGAAUGGGCUCGCUAUGACUUUCGUAACAAUAAAAAUCAAACCGAAGAGAUUGCCAUAAAAAUGCUCAUCCAACACGGAAGAAGAUCCUUAACAGAAUUACAAAAUAGCCUCAAUCUCAGUGGCAACAUAAAUAAUAAAUUAAAAUAGUUGAAAUUAUCUUUUUGUUCAGUUAGUCUUUAAUAAAUAUUUAUUUUCCAAAUUGAA